CAACACACAUAGAAGGUUCUACUUCGUUCCAUUUGACUCUUCCUCCUUCCUCAUCUCUUUCUUUCUUUAUUCCCCAAAUCAAAGACACUCCAUUGAAAAUCUUCCUCCAGUGUUCAAGAUCUGUCUACUUGGAAUUACAUCUCAUUUUAUUAGUGGUUUUCUGUGUUUGUAAAGUAAAGUUGCUUCAGCGGCAUAGACGAACACUGUUACGACUUAAAGAAGUUGCAGCUAUAUGGACUGAUGAAGAAUUAGACAACCCUGCUUCUACACCACAUAUUCGUGUUUACACACAUAGUAACACUAACCAACUGAUUCACUAUUACUAUGGUUGUUACGAUGCAUUACAGUACCCUUUGUUGUUUCCCUAUGGUGAAAAUGGUUGGCAUUGUGGUAUUCAAAGAGUUAUACAAAAAUCAAACUUCCCUAGAAAUUCUUCUUCUUGCAAACAUCAGAACAUUCCAAGUGUAUCCAACAUGUCUUCAAUUGAUGGAUUUCUUGAUAUUGAACAAGAAAUUUUGCAGAAAGAAAGACAGAAAAAGAACACUGUAUCUUGUCGUGAAUAUUACUGUUACAAACUUCAAAUUAGAGAUGAUGAAGAAAAUGAUACUUUACAUUCUGGGAGAGUAUUCCAACAGUUUUACCCGAUAUCUUUCUGACCAUGACAUGUAAUUCUUCAUGGCCAGAAAUAGAAGAUUUCUUACUACCAACUGAUGAAAUACAAAAUAGACCCGAUUUAAUAAGCCGAGUAUUUAAAGCAAACUAGAAGAACUAAAAUCUGAUAUAGUUAAAAAACGUAUAUUCGGUAAAGUUGCUGCUUUUAUGUACUCUAUAGAAUUUCAAAAAAGAGGUCUUCCUCAUGCACAUUUCCUUAUUAUACUUGAAGAUGAGUAUAAAUUAUUGACACCUGAGGCUUAUGAUAGAAUUGUUUGUGCCGAACUACCAAAUUCUGAUACAAAUUAAUAUUUACAUUCUUUGGUUAUUAAGCAUAUGAUGCAUGGACCUUGUGGAACUUUAAAUCCUACAAAUUCGUGCAUGAAGAAAAAGGGAUAUUGUAAAUUUAAAUACCACAAAAGUUAUGCCAAUGAAACAUCCAAAGGUCAAAAUUCAUAUCCAAUAUAUAGGAGACGAGAUACUGGAAAAUUUGUAAAAAUUAGAGCCCAAUAUCUUGACAAUUCAUGGGUAGUUCCUUACAAUCCAUAUCUACUAAGCAAGUUUAAUUGUCACAUAAAUGUUGAAGUUUGUGCAGAUAUUAAAGUUGUUAAAUAUCUCUAUAAAUACAUUUGUAAAGGGAAUGAUAAAAUUGCUUUCAAUCUACAAAGUAAUAACACUAAUAAUACAGACAUAGAUGAAAUAAAGGAAUAUAGAUCAGGCAGAUGGGUAUCACCUCCAGAAGCUAUGUGGCGUUUGUUUGCGUUUCAUAUCAAUGAGAUGAAUCCCAAUGUAUACCAACUUCAGCUACAUCUUAAAAAUCAACAAUUUGUCUCCUUUAAAACGACUACAAAUCUAAAUUCAAUACUUAAAAAUCCUACAAAUCGAAGAACAAUGUUGACAGAAUUUUUUUCAAUGAACGAAAAAAAUAAACAUGCCAUAGAACUUAACUUAUUGUACAAAGAAUUCCCAGAACAUUUUGUUUGGUCGAUGACUGAUAAAAUGUGGUCACGUCGAAGACAAGGUUAUGCUAUUGGACGUAUUAUUAGUUGUCAUCCAACGGAAGGAGAAAGAUACUACCUUCGACUAUUAUUGAUGAACAUACGAGGACCAAAAUCAUAUGAAGAUCUCAAGACUGUAAACGGAAAAUCCUAUAACACAUUUAGAGAAUCUGCAGAAAAAAGAGGAUUGUUAGCUUCUGAUAAUAACUUAAUUGAAUGUAUGUUAGAAGCUUCAAAUUACCAAAUUCCUUAUAGUCUACGACGUUUAUUUGCUACACUAUUAGUAUAUUGUAGUCCUGCUAAUCCAAAAGAAUUAUGGGAAAGAUUUGAAAGCUCCAUGUCUGAAGACUUUACAGCUAUGCCAAACAUACAAACAAAAAACAUUCGUUAUUUAGUUCUAAGCCACAUAAAUGAUAUAUUGCAUUCAAUUGGACGGAAUAUCAAUGAAUUUAAACUCACAUCAGAAAAUAUUACAUCUUUUACAUCUUCUAGUAUAAUGCAAGAGGCUAGAGACACCCAUUUAGAAAGAAACAUAAUUGUAACUGAAGAAGAUUUAUUACUAUAUAAAAAACUAAAUAAAGAACAAGAACAAGAACAAGAACAAGCGUACAUCACCAUACUUAAUAAAAUAUUCUCAAAUGAACCAGGAGCAUUCUUUAUUGAUGGGCCUGGAGGAACAGGAAAAACAUUUUUAUACCGCGCUUUAUUAGCUACUGUACGAUCAAAAGGAUUUAUAGCUUUAGCCACAACAACUUCUGGUGUUGCAGCUUCAGUACUCCCUGGAGGACGAACUUCCCACUCACGUUUUAAACUUCCUAUUGAUGUAGGCGAAAAUUACUGUUGCAAUAUAAGUAAACAGAGUUCACUUGCAUUUUUAAUUCAAGAUGCAAAGCUAAUAGUAUGGGAUGAGGUAUCACUGGCUAGGAAAAAACUUGUUGAGACUUUUGAUUCACUCUUGAGAGAUCUUAUGGGUAUAAAUACACUAUUUGGUGGAAAAGUCGUAGUUUUUGGAGGCGAUUUUAGACAGACUUUACUUGUUGUGAAAAGCGGAACAAAAAAGGAUUUCAUACGUGAAUGUUUAUUGUAUUCAAAUAUCUGGGAUCAUCUUCAAAAAUUCCAUUUGACACAAAAUAUGCGUGCAUGCAAAGAUCCUACAUUUUGUGAGUAUUUACUAAGAAUUGGAGAUGGAAGAGAAGAAGUUAAUGAACAUGAUAAAAUUGAGGUUCCAAAAUCAUUUCUUAUUCCUUUUACGAAUGAGAAAGAUUCAUUAAAUAUUUUAUUCAAAACUGUUUAUCCCAAUCUACAGAUGCUCAUGUCUGAUACAUCCUCCGUAACAUCACGUGUUAUCUUAACGACCAAAAAUGAUUUCGUAAACGAAAUUAAUCAGAUGUUCAUAGAUGAAUUUCCCACAACUGCUGUGACAUUCAUUGGAAUUGUUGAAACUAUAGAGCCAAAAGACCAAAGCCAAUUUGAAGACUUCCUCCAUACUUUGAAUCCUACUGGUUUGCCUCUUUAUAAGUUAGUUCUAAAGCAAAAUUGUCCAAUUAUACUACUACGCAAUUGAAAUCCUUCUGAAGGUUUAUGCAAUGGUACACGCUUAAUUUGUUCUGAUUUCAAAACUCAUAUUAUUAGUUCUAAAAUUGCAAGUGGUGACUUUAAAGGCAAACAUGUUUUUAUUCCUCGAAUACCAUUGUUAUGUUCACAAGACGAAAAAUUGUCUAUUCAAUUUAAAAGAACACAAUUUCCUAUUCGACUAUGUUUUGCUAUGACUAUAAAUAAAGCUCAAGGUCAAACACUAGAUUCCGUAGGAAUUUAUUUACGUGAACCUGUCUUUUCACACGGUCAACUUUAUGUUGCUUUAUCAAGAGCAAGAAGUUCAGACUGUGUAAAAAUAUUAAUCCGACCCGCAACAGUAGACGAUCCCGAUGAUCAUUCUACCUACAAUAUAGUAUAUAAUGAAAUUAUCCGUAAAGCAUUCUCUUAGGACUUUCAAAAAGCUACUAACUAUUCAUAUAACAUAUGUAAGUUAUUACUUUCAUUUACAUUUUUCAUCAACCUUACUUCCUUUAUCAUACUAUUCCAUUGUUUAACCCACUUUAAUUAUUUUUCAAGGAGAAGUUAAUUACCAAAUUUUGUCUAGCUAUUCUUGAAAUUCCUGUGGCAUUUGUUCUUUUAACCAAUUCCGUACAUGCAUUGAUUGAAGAAAAGGCGCUAUAGAGAAAUUCAGGGGGAGCUUCUACAUCUGGUGAAUUUACCUAUGACACCUCUUUGGCUGCCUUAGAUUCUUACCUUAGUGGCAGAUCUUAAAGGUAAGUGCAUUACUCGGUUGGCCUGUGAUUAUCUUUUCUUCAAUUACUGAAGCAUGGGCCCAACAAGAACUGGAGUUGAAUGAUAGAGUGCUUCCAGAGUAACUUUGCUUCCUUUCCUUAGUCGUAUGAUAACAUUGCAAUGAAGAAGCUGACGACAUAUAUGUCAGAGAAACCAAAAGCAUUUGUUUUGCAUAUUCUACAAAUUUCAACAAUACACUUAAGUGGCAAUUUUUUUUGCACCUAAUUCUCCCAAAAAAAGGUUGUUCAUUGCCUCAAAGUAGGAUUGGCUCUUUCCCUUGUGUCUGUGUUUUAUUACAUGAGACCUCUGUCUGAAGUUGUUGGAUGGAAUACUAUGUGGGUUGUUAUGGUAGUUGAAGUAGUAUUUGAGUACACUCUAGGCUUUACACUUUAUAAGUGUGUAAAUACAGCUAUGGUAGCAUGUCUCGCUGAUACUUUAGGAAUUGAUGUUCACGGGUUGCAACUCAAUCUGAAGAAAGAUUUGAACUUGUUAUUCUCCAAAAAGUAGAUGCAUGUGGUUUGCUCCAAAUUGAUUUGGGCGUGUGAAUCGAACUUCAGGACAGUAGAAAGGUGCUUAACUUGAAGGAAGUGAAUGUAAUGAGAGCCUAUGGAACUGCUAAAGACAAGUUUCAGCAUCUUUAAGAUCGUCAUCAAAUGAGGGUGAAGAAAUUUGUAAAGCGGUUCUAAUAUCUUUGACAACUUGGGAAAAAAGGCUUAUGAGUUAUGACAACAAAGCUUUAUGGAGUGGUCAAAUUUCAAAAGGCAUGGUGCUUCUUUUUUCCAUAAUGUAAACAGAUUUCCUCAUUGAAAAUGAAGAAUGUACGAUUUCACAAUAUUGUAUACUUUUGUUGCUUAGUGCACGUAAAUAUUAUGAAGUAUUAAAACCUGAAACACGUAGAAUUAUUUUCUUAGUGUUAUGAUCCUUUUAGUA